GUCAUACUUGCUUUAUGGCUUGUAUCCAUGACUAUAUUUGGCCCAGUUCUAUGGGUUCGUCAAACAGAAUCUGUGGAGUUGGGAGAUGAUCCAAUAUUAAUCGAUGCUGUUCAUAGAUAUGGCUUGGCUUGGUGUAUAGAGGACUGGGGAAACCCUCAUGCAAAAUCUACGUUAUCUAAACACGUUUAUGGUAUUCUAUGUUUUGUGCUGGUGUAUGCUACACCUGGAUUUCUGGUGACUGGAGCUUACACAUUGAUGGGUCGAAGACUAUGGGCAGUACGACCACCGUUUGAUGACCAGCAGGGCAUGAUAAGUGUUCAACAG